AUGCAGGGGCAGACGUUGGUGCGCAGUGUCAGCGCUUCUGAAAAUCCUUCUCCUCGAAAGCAAACCUUACACAGGCACGAGUGCCCCCCCGAGCCAACAGCAUGCUCAGAAAUGCAGAGAGCAGCUGCGUCUGUUGCAGCAGCGCUCCUCGCAUCGGCUAGCGAAACAAGACGACACUGCAUCUCCCUCUCCACCGAAGCACACACAGCAAGUGCUAGAGGACGCGCAGCCGCAACCACCCCAGUGCCACCAAGAAGCAAUACAGCGACUCCCGCUUGCGUACUUGAUUCGACAGCGUAUCCAAAUGCUGCAGCAAAGUCACGCAGCGACUCCAGAGGCCAUCCAGCACCAACAAAAGGGCAAGGAAGAGCACUCCCCCGACAUGCCUGCGAAAGCCAUGGACCGCAUCAGGCAUCAUAUGCAGCUUCAGCUGCAACACCUUCAGCAGGUACAUUGUCACCAAAAGUGGCAGAUGGCAAAACUUCACACGAUGCAGAACAAUCAACUGCAGCUGCAACAGAAGCAGCACAUUCAGUUGCUGUCUGCACAUCCGAAAAUGAAGCAGCGCCUCGAAACGCAGCACAAAAAGAUGAGAGGCAUACUGCAGCAGCAUCACCAAGGAAGGGUAGUAGCAAUGAGCGUGAGGCAGCAAGCUGA